CACCUCAUCCACACAGAUUGCCUGGCUACGCUGGGCUGUAUCGAGACUGAUCGAGGCGAGGAGAGAGAACUGAAGAAGCCGAGGGAGGGAUUAUCGUUUGGGUAUCAGACAGCGGGACACAUGGAAACCAACCCAAACCCUGAUCUCGAACUGGUUCAAGCCGCAAUCCAGAGGCUACUUCAGGAUAAGAAGGAGACGACGGAGGAGGAGGAGAAGAGGAAGCGACAACUACAACCCUCCAGCGACGACGACGACGACGACCACCUGCUCCUCUCCAAAUUGCUCUCUCAGGUGGAAUCAUUGAAAGCAAGUCGCGCGAUCGAGAAACCUGAGGCAUCGGCAGAUACAGGGGUUGCAGCCGACGAGGUCAAGGCGAAGAGCGAUGCCGCGAUCGAGGCAGUUAAACUUGAAGCUCAGGAGGAGAACGAAGGCGGCGAGAUGGAGGCUUCGCCGGAGGAGAUAAUGAGAGAGCUGAAGAAGGUGAAAAGGCAGAACACGGUGACGCACUGGCUUCUCUCGGCCAUGAUCGCGCUCACCGUCGCUUGGCAAUUCUCGGAGGUGUCCCUCAUUUUGAAGGUGAGAGAUGGCCUGAGCCAUCCCUUCAGGUCCUUUGGGAGCGCGAUAACCGACUUCUUCAAAGGCCCAGCCAUGAAAGGCCGAGACGACGCGGACAAGGACGCCGACCAGAGGCAAAGCGAGACGAUGGGAAUACCUCCUCUCAAGAUGCCGGAGCUUCCGCAUUUAGAUGUACCCGAUCUGAUUCCAAACGGUGGAAAUCAUUCCCCUGGAAGUGCUUGAAAUAUAGGGACAUCUGGAAAAUGUUCAGCUUUCUUGGGAGGCACUACCUUGAUGUUUCUCAUUUGAGGUUGCUCUGUGUGUCUCUGUGACUUGUUGCUUCCUCGUACCCAUGAUCAGCGUCAUGGGAUUUUGUGGUCACUUUUGGCAUACGAGCUUGAAUACAUUAGAUAUGCUCGACGUUUC